AAAAGUAGCUCUUGCAACGGCGAAGUUUGGAGUUGCGUGCGCGGAGUUUUGUGUUUUUUUGCGGGUGAUUUUGAAGCUUGCGGUCAAAAUUGCUGUUCUCAGGCUGUGGUGAAUGUAAGAAUGUGAAUGAAUUUUGUGAAUUUUGUGCCAAGCGCUGCAGCGCUGGAACGUGUUUUUCUCCGGUUUGGUCUUCCCCGAAGUGUAUGCGCAGAAACCCAUAUUGUUUACAACGAUUCGAAUUGCGGAUCCGGUGCUGGUGUUAUUUCCGUCUGUGAGAAUCCGUUGUAGCUAAAAAGUAGCAUCCUGUGCAAGUGCGAACCGUUGUACGGGUUACAAAUUGCAACAGCAGGAGUGUAUCCUCGGCGGCGGCCUGCGUGUCUUCUUCCUUUUCUUCGUCCCUCCGUGUUGUCCAGCGCAGCAGCAGCAUCAUCAGCAUCUCGUGUCGAACCCGUAGGCGAUGCAAAGAGAAAGGCCACACUCGGAUAAAGAUGUGUAGCAACGUUAAUAUAAUAACCGUAAAAUGCUCCAGGACAGCUUCUGGUUUAGCGGUUGUUCCGAUAAAAGGACCGUCCGCUUUCGCUUCCCUGGAGGGCUUGGUUUUUUGCUUCAGGACGGUCCAGGAUGGGACGCACACUCAUGCACAGCCCUGCGGCGUUGUGUGCGUGCGUAGUGUCCUGACGUGCGUGUCCGAUAUCCACCCAGCAGCCAACCCAGCCACCGGAACAAAGUAUGCUGCGGCAGGACGCGAUCUGGAAAAGAAUCUUUUCUCGAUUCGCCGUGUGGCCUCUAGCUUGGUACGCCCUUUUGUGGAAAGAGUGUGCCGGUCCCGGCCAACAGAGAACCUUUCUUGUCUCGGCCAACGUUGGAAGAGACUCAUAAAGAAUCCUGUUUGUUCUGCUGCAGCGAGAAUGGGCAAGUGUGUGCGUAAGCGCAGAACCUUCCGGUUGCGGCAGCGGCAGAUCUGUUCCGAAUCACAAAUGACUCAUCGCAAAGAAGCCAUGCCUGGGAUCCUGCGUCGAAUAACGCGGAUAGGAUGUUAAACCCGAUUCCAGCUCAUCUUCACAUUGCACACCACAGCGCAACAGACGGCCACAUGAUUGUGUGCCCCUUUUCUGACGGCGGUAAAGAAUGCGCGAUAAGGCAAGACUGUGACACCGAGUAAAGAAGGGAGCGUUAUCUUGGUCCUCAAAUAGCACUUGUCGCUUGUCGUUCGCCUUUAGCCUGAGGCUCUUUCCUGUUCUUGUGCCCUGUUCAGUUUAACAGCGAAGAUUCGAUAGGUGUUCAGAAAAAUCGAAUUCGAAACGUGAAACCCUAUCGUGAGAGUUUCGUUUCAAAAAUCCGUCAAAGCAGUGAUGUUGACUGGUUUUAUGGUCUGCAGAUAUAGUAUUUGGCCGUAUUGAUUACACAACGCAAAGUAAUGCGAGAACAAACCCCAGCACGAGGACCACGAUAAACAGGCAACCGAAUCGAAACCAGAAAUAUGCUUUUAUUUCCUGUGUGUUCGUACAAUGUUCGGCUUCAAAUCCCCUUUCGAUACCACUUGAGAACUGCUGUUUUAAAAUGCGCGUCUGUUUCUCCCACCAACGUGCUUUGGCCACUGAGCAUUACUCAUCGCGUACAUUCCUGAACGCCACCCAGUUCGCCGUCGUAGCGAAUGCGUUCAAUUAAUUCUGAUUCCAACAUUUUCUGGCGCGGCUGAAGGCCACCUCGGACGUUCUCGCUCACUAAACAUACGAAGCAUCAGUGAUUAGCUUCGUGCAUCGGAAAUGAAGAUGAAAAAACUGCAUUCAACAAUCUAUACUCAAUUCAGCAUCUCUUGCGUUCGCUCAAUCGAUAGCAUCGUGGAAGAGGAGGAGGCGGGUCUAUUGGGAAUCGCUUUACCGCCUGGGGAGGCCUGUGACGACAUUGCAUCGUCGCCCUUAACUAGCGAUUCGCGGUCACUCCAACGGUACCCCUAGGACUGGAGUGCGUUGACGCACAACGACAAACCGUGUUGAGUAGAAGAAGUCAUCGCUAAACUCUGUUUGGUGAAGGGAAAGCGAACCCCACUGAAUGGAUGACCCCCGGAAGUCCGUCUUAUGGUUAACAGUAAAACAAUAAUGCAAUGCAGCGACGCAGAUAGUAGUCGCUUCUUUAUUUGGACACAAGCCUGAUGGCUGGCAUAUAAACAUACUUUAGAAACCGCCGCCGUACCGUGUUCGUACCCCGUGGCCUAUGCCGCUGCAAUAUGGCAAAAUACGUUCAGAGUGUCGUCGUGGACGACUACACCCCUUCUGCGUUUGGGCAGUGAGCGGCCCAUUCUUGGCCCUCCGGCCGGGCGUCUCCAAUCGAGUAAUGCUCAGCACUAUUUCUUCCAUUUUUUUCAUUCCCUUUCCGUGCGUGUGCUGCGUGGAUUUCCUGUGUCCUCUAGCGGCACUGUUUAGCGCUGACUAGCGCGUCGCGACGCCAUACGGUUGCCAGCCAGCCAGCCAGCCAGUAGAGGAGAAGUGCAUGGAAACAG